ACUCCAAGGCUUCGCCGAGGCCAGAGAAGCUCACAAAGAAAGAUUUUAUUUUGUAUUUCUCGAAAAUGUUGACCUCUUUGGGACUACAUUUUGUGGCGCUGUUCUCCUUACUAGUUCAAGGAACUGUCAAAGGAGCGGAAUAUGACUACUAUAAAUACCAUCCCAUGGAGGAGAUCAGCAGCUGGAUGGCACAGAUGGUGAAGGAUCACCCCGAUGUGGUGACCAUCGUGGACUACGGACAGACGUAUGAAAAGAGGACUAUAAGUUUGCUGAAGAUUGGUAUAGAAAGUGAGAAGAGAAAAAAGGCCAUCUGGAUGGACUGCGGCAUUCACGCCAGGGAGUGGAUUGCCCCGGCCUUCUGUCAGUACUUCGUCAAACAGAUCCUUCAAAGCUACAAAACCGACGCAAAGAUUGAAACGAUGAUGAGGGACAUGGACUUUUACGUCACGCCGGUGCUCAACAUCGACGGCUACCUGUAUAGCUGGAAGGACAACACGACUCGGCUGUGGAGGAAGAACAGGUCACCGGGACCUUCGGGCGACUGUUACGGCACUGACCUCAACCGCAACUUUGAUGCCAACUGGGGCACCAUAGGAGUAUCAUUCAACUGCUCUUCGAACACCUACUGCGGGACCCAGCCUGUCUCUGAGCCGGAGGCGCAGGCCGUAACCUACUUUGUAGGAAGUCGAAAGGACGACAUCCUGUGUUUCCUCACCAUCCACUCCUAUGGACAACUGCUGCUGGUUCCCUAUGGACACCCUAACUUCACCGCCCCCAACUACGAUGAGCUGAUGGAGGUGGGUCAGGCUGCAGCUACAGCCAUCUGGAACGUGCACAAGAAAAACUACACCGUUGGAUCUUCGCCCGACGUUUUAUACCCCAACUCAGGCUCUUCCAGAGACUGGGCUCGGAUGCAGGGGAUCCCCUACACCUACACCU